AUGAAGAUAUCAUUUCUUUUUUCUGUUUAUUUUAGUCUGCUGGUUUUUGUUUCUUGCUACGGUAGCAAUGGAUACGACCCUCUGGAGACCGCAUUAAAGAUUCAACGUGCUAAAAGAUCAGUACAAGGUAAUGUGAUGACAAAUGAAGUCAAAGCUGACAACAGAUUCUCAUCGGUUUACGUGGGCCCACAAGAUGGGUUGAAGGAUGUUGAUAAGAUUACAGCGUUGCCAGGUCAGCCAGUUGGAACGGACUUUGAUCAGUACUCAGGGUAUGUAACUGUUGACCCGAACCAUGGGAGAGCCCUGUUCUACUAUCUUGCAGAGUCCCCAGUCAACUCUUCUACUAACCCUCUUGUCCUUUGGCUCAAUGGAGGGCCGGGUUGCUCUUCCUUUGGAGAUGGGGCCAUGAUGGAACUUGGACCAUUCCGAGUCAAUGCUGAUAGUGUGACAUUGUCACAUAACAAAUAUGCAUGGAACAAUGUCGCGAAUGUACUCUUCUUGGAAUCCCCAGCUGGAGUUGGUUUUUCUUACUCAAACACGUCUUCAGAUUACAUAACUGGCGACAAGGAAACAGCAAGAGAUUCAUAUACAUUUUUAAUCAAUUGGUUAGAAAGGUUCCCAGAAUACAAAACUAGAGACUUUUAUAUCACAGGAGAAAGUUAUGCAGGACAUUAUGUGCCUCAACUCGCACAAAAAAUCCUUCAAAACAACAAGGUCACUAACCAGACUGUCAUUAAUCUCAAAGGAAUUGCUAUAGGAAAUGCCUAUGUGGAUGAGGAGACAGAAAACACGGGAAUGUUUGACUAUUUUUGGACGCAUGCUAUAAUUUCUGAUGAAAUCCACAACGGAAUCAUCUCCAACUGCAAUUUUUCUGAAGGUGCAACCAUAACAGACACAUGUGACGACUAUAUGGGCCAGGCAUUCGCCGCUAAAAGCAACAUCUUCCCCUAUGACAUAUUUGCUCCUUUAUGCUCACCAUUCAGCAAUAGCACUCCCUCCAUAUCAGAAUUUGAUCCAUGCAGUAAGAGUUAUGUCCUAGGAUACUUGAACACUCCUGUUGUGCAACAGUCUCUUCAUGCAAAACCGGUUCAAUGGGAAUCUUGCAAUUACUACAUAACCGGCAACUGGCAGGACAAGCCAUUUACAGUCUUGCCUGUGAUUAAGGAUUUAAUGGCUAGUGGAAUCAGUGUUUGGAUCUACAGUGGAGAUACAGAUGGAAGAGUACCAGUGACAACAAGUAGAUACUCCAUAGACAAACUACAAACACCAGUGCAGACAUCGUGGUACCCAUGGAUGUACGAAGAAGAGGUUGGUGGAUACGCAGUGGGAUACCAAAACCUAACAUUUGUAACCAUAAGAGGAGCGGGACACUUUGUCCCGAGUUACCAACCGGCUCGUGCACUUGCAUUCUUCUCUUCAUUCUUGCAAGGAAAGCUUCCUUGA